UAAAUAGUAAUGUCAGAUAUCUGUCAAUUAUCAAUGUCAGUUCAAUUUUCAGAUUGUCAGAUGAAUAAAAAAUAAAAUUGUUUUUAUUGUUUUUAUGAUUUUAUUUGUUGUUUAUGUUUAUUUGUUUAUUUGAUUUUGAAGUAUUGAGGUCGUUUAUCGAAGUCAAAUCGGUAAUAUAAUUCUUGAACUUUAGAGUAAUCCGUGAAGACGGACUGUGAUUGGUUAAAAUUUGGUAAUAUUUUCAUGAACACUCUUGUGAAGUAAGCACAAGUCUUCUAUCAUUUCACGCACACGAAUUCCAAAGUUCAAGAUUAAGCACUCAAGUCCAAACUCAACACUAGAAACUAGGAAAAUCGGGAGAUUGGAAGAUUUCACAUUUCAGCAAGUGCACCUUAUUUUUUGUGGAAAAACAUGUCCGUUUUACAACAGAUAAGGACCAUUUUGAGACCAGGGUAUAGAGUUGCAGCUGUGUCAUCAAAGAAAUACAGUGGACAUGCAGAGCCAAUUACAAAUGGAUAUAAUUUUGCACUGACUGAAACACAGAAGGAAUUUCAAGAACUUGCCAGAAAAUUCACCAGGGAAGAAAUCAUUCCAGUUGCUGCAGAAUAUGACAGAACAGGAAAAUACCCAUGGGAUAUUCUCAAAAAAGCUCAUGCAGUGGGUCUAAUGAAUGGUCAUAUUCCAGAGGAAUUUGGGGGUAUGGAAUUUGGAGUUUUUGAUGGAUGUAUUGUAGCUGAAGAAAUAGCCUAUGGCUGUUCAGGAAUUAUGACAGCUUUGGAAGCUAGUGGACUAGGUCAAACACCAGUACUUGUAGCAGGCAACCACGAGCAGAAGAAGAAAUAUCUGGGUAGGUUGAUCGAAGAGCCAUUGGUUGCUGCUUAUGGUGUAACAGAACCAGGAUGUGGUUCGGAUGUCAACGGCAUCAAAACUCGCGCCGAAAAGAAAGGUGAUGAAUACAUUCUGAAUGGACAGAAGAUGUGGAUCACCAAUGGAGGUGUCGCCAAUUGGUAUUUUGUUUUGGCAAGAACAAAUCCUGAUCCAAAAGCACCAGCUAGUAAGGCAUUUACAGGAUUCAUUGUUGAAAGGGAAUGGGAAGGAGUAACGCCUGGUAGAAAGGAAAUUAAUAUGGGCCAAAGAUGUUCAGACACCAGAGGAAUAACGUUCGAGGAUGUGAGGAUUCCUAAAGAAAAUGUUCUCAUUGGCGAAGGCGCCGGUUUCAAGGUUGCCAUGGAGACGUUCGACAAAACUAGACCACCAGUGGCGGCAGGAGCGACGGGGCUCGCGCAGAGGUGCCUCGACGAGGCCUCGAAGUACGCAAUCGAGAGGAAGGCCUUCGGAGUGCCGAUCGCCCACCACCAGGCCGUGGCCUUCAUCCUGGCCGAUAUGGCCGUCGGCGUGGAGACGAGCCGGCUGGCCUGGAUGAAGUCCGCCUGGGAGACCGACCACGGCAUGAGGAACACCCUGGCCGCCUCCGUGGCCAAAUGCCAUGCCGCCGACGUGGCCAACAAGUGUGCCACCGACGCCGUGCAGGUCUUCGGCGGUAACGGCUUCAACAGCGAGUACCCCGUGGAGAAGCUGAUGCGCGACGCCAAGAUCUACCAGAUCUACGAGGGCACUGCGCAGAUCCAAAGGAUGAUUAUUUCGAGGGUGGUUUUGGAAAGGGCCAAGCAGCUGGCGUAAAACUGGGUUCUGAUCUGAUGUGUGCGGAUGUUCUGUUUUUCGGACGGAAUCUGGCGAGAAGUCUAAGAUGAUAAGCAAGACACACUAAGUCAUCUCCACAAAUUUAUUAUCUGAAUUAUCAGUGUCUGAUCAUGUUUCGGACUAUCAAUAGUCCCUCAUCAGCAGAAGCAUUUUUUUAAAAGAUAAUUUGUGGAAGUAAUUGUAACAAUGUAAAUUCAAUUGUAUAAUAUUAUUGUUGCCUCCUUGUUUUCACUUCCACAAAUUGUCGAAAAAAAAAUGCUUCUACUGAAAAUUCAGAUAAUAAAUUUGUGGAGAUGACUUAGUGUGUCUUGCUUAUGAAUUCAUUCACUUCACUUCGAGAUACCAUAGACUAAUCUAAAAUGAGUUGAGCUCUCAUGUGGGCGAAGUCUAUGCGAACGCGAAUCGAUGCGACGCGAUUUGGAGGCGAUUCCGAACGAAGCGACGCGAUGCAGCAGUGCUGUACUGUGUACUCCUCGCCAUAGUCGCGUUCGUGAAUUUGUAUUUCCGUAAUGGCAGGACGUAUGAGUUUUUCACUUGGAAACUCACAUCUCGAAUACGAAUUCCUGGAGAAAUGGAGAUGUCGAAAAGUGACACUAAUAAUAUGAAUCCACAAAGACACGAACCCGGACAACUUAAUCAACAGCGUGAAUCACGCGAGGAUAUCAAUCCAAUUGAUCGCAUCCCUUUGCCUGCUGCAUCGUGUUCGUGGCUUCUCGCGUGCAUUCGUUCACAUAAGUAAUAUUCUUUUUACCAACUUUGACUGAGAUUAACCGAGAUUCUCAGUGCAGCUCAAUAGCUCAGUUGCAUUACAUGUUUCAUUUUUCUUAGUCUGAUGUGAGUUGUCUUAAGAAGUCAUUGAGACUAUUUCUUUCCCCUCGCCCCAACUGAGCUUGCUAUUCAUCUGGUGUUGUAGUGAGAAAAAGGUGAGACUGGAUUAAUUCUAGUAAUUCUGUGGUUCUGUGCUGAAAAUUGUGAGGUUAUCUUUUCAUUUUGACAUUCUUUCAGCUUUGAAGUUCCAGUCCACAGGUUGAAUCCUUUGAAUACUCAC